GUAACCAAUUUCCGCAGAGAGCCUAAAAAAUAAAGAACAAGGUGAAUUGUAGAAAAAGAGUUUUCUUUUAUUUGGAGGAUAUUAUUUUGUACAACAACGUAGAAAUAACUCAAAGCUUUUAAACGUUUCAAUGUUGUGUUAAGAAUUAAUACUUAAUAUGUAUAUUAUGUAAAUUUUGUUAGACUUAAAAAAGGGUACCGCAGGAAAUUGAAUACAGUAUUUAAAUUUAAUGAAGUAUAAGUAUAGUAUAUUAGUAUAGUCAAUAGUAUAAAGUGUAGUAUUAGUAUUAGUAUAGGCAUAACAUAGGCCUACUCAGACCUACUGAUCUGAUAGUCUACUGACCUACUGUUUGUUCAUUAAAAUUGCAUGAAUGUUCGGUAGGUUCGUGACGUAAAUAAAUAAAGUUAACAAUUUAAAAAACGACUACUUUCAGUUUCACUUUAUCCCUGCCUUACUUAUUUAUAUUUAACUUAUAGCCUACUUAUUUUUUGUCCUUACACUUACUACUACUACUUUUAGCAAACUUUACUACACUUAGUUUAGUCUGUGACUUAGUAAUCUAGGCCUAGCCUAGUCUAACUUAAGAUUUAAGACUUUACUUAAACUUGACGUAAAUAAAUAAAGUUAAAAAUUUUUAAAACGGUCUCAACCACUUUCAGUUUCACUUUAUCCCUGCCUUACUUAUUUAACUUAUACUUAUUUGUCCUUGCCUUACACUUACUACUACUUUUAGCAAACUUUACUACACUUAAUCUUUUUCUAAACUUUAAGUUAUAUACUUAACUUAUUAAUACACUGUACUUAUACUUUAAUAGUAUAGACAUAGGCCUAUAGUCUAUAGCAGGGACCUCAAACUAUUGCCCACAAGCCAUAUCUGGUCCCCAAGGGGUAUCUCUGGGCUCACAUAGUCCUUGUUCAGUUACACUGAUGGCAAUGACAAUUAUUAUAGAACCAGACAUUGUAUUGACCAUUCUACUUACAGAAAAGCAGGCCCAUACUUUCAUUUGCAUUGAAAUACUAAUAGCUUUAUCAUUACGUUGUUUAAAAUUGUUAAUCAUUUAAUAUAUUUUAAAAAGUUGACUUUUUGUUUUUGCACUACACUUAAGGUAUGUGUGAUUUGCAUAGGAAUUUAUUCAUAUUAUUUUCAAUAUAUAGUCCAGCCCUCAACUGUGUCUAAGAGACAAAAUCACCACUACCUCACGGCGCAACAAAACCACUCGUCUGUGCUCUUUUUCUCUCUCUUCUUGACUAUUGUAACUCUCUUCUGUCAGGUUCACCAAAACAUUUCAUAGAAAAACUGCAGAAAGUUCAAAACUCAGCUGUUAGGUUAGUUCUAAAGGCAAAGAAACGUGAUCAAAUUACUCCACUAUUUCACUCACUUCAUUGGGUCCCUAUACAGCAGGGUCGGGAACCUAUGGCUCGCGAGCCAGAUGUGGCUCUAUUGAUGGCUGCAUCUGGCUCGCAGACAAAUGUUCGAUUAUAAAAAAAAGUCACAUUAAUGGUAAGAAAUACUCAUUAUUGAUUAGCAACAGCAUAACAAUGUUAUUAAAAAGAAUUAAGAGACACAAUUAUUGCAUUUUUAGUGUUGAAAUUACACAAAAUGCACACAUUUACUUGAAUUUUAGUUUUAAACAUAAUGCAUGGCUCUCACAGAAUUACUUUUCAAAAUAUGUGGUGUCCAUGGCUCCUCAGACAAAAUGGUUCUCGACCCCUGCUAUACAGGCACGCAUUGAUUACAAGCUGUCUGUUCUCUCUCACAACUUUUUCUCUGGUUCCUGCCCUUCCUAUCUUACUGAACUUCUUACUAUCUAUUCACCCCUUCGAAAGCUUUGUUCCUCCGCAGACACACAUAUUCUUUCUGUUCCCAGAACACACACUAAGACAUAUGGUGAGUGAUCCUUCUCAUUCUGUGCCCCAAAACAAUGGAAUUUUCUCCCAUUACACAUCCACAAUAGAACAACCAUCAUAGCCUUCAAAACUGCCCUCAAGACCCAUCUCUUCAAACUGUACUAUACCGACUCAUUCUCGCCCCCCUCUAACUGAUAAACAAUGCUAGAUUCUUUUGGGUGCUGUCAAUGGCUAUACAGGGGAAGAUAGUACUUGGGUGGGUGAGGUCAAGCUUUUCACGAAUUGUUUUUAAAUGUAUAAUUUUUCUGUAAUUCCUAAUUUUUAUGUGAAGCGCAGUGAGCCUAGCCCUAGGCUGGGGUACUGCACUAUAUAAAACCACCUAAUAAUACUAAUAAUAAUGAUAUUGGGUACAUGGUUCUGAGAGCACAUUUAUACUAUAUAUAUAUUUAUAAACUUUAUUAGGAAAAACUCUCUGUCAUCUUGCAACAGUGUAAAAUUGCUGUGACAGAACUGAUGCUUGACUUUAGUGAACUAUUGCUAUGAGUACAGCAGUUUUCCUAUUUUUCUAGUUUUACAAAUUAUUGCUUUAAUAUUUUGUACACAUAUUUAUUAUCAUUUCUAGAAAUCAAUCAAAACAAUGUCUAAAAGAAAGUUCUAUUGUGAGCCCUGUGAUCAGACCUUUCAAGCAGGUAAUUUUAAGUCUGCUAUUCAGGAAGUUGUUUGUGCAAACUUAAACAUUAAUAUUUUUGUACAACUUAUUACCGUUUCUAAUUUUUAACAUUUAUACAAAUUAUAAAAUAAAGUUACAACAUUGGGAAAAAAUCAUUGUUAAAAAACACAUUUUUGCUCAUUUAAAUUAAACUUGAUAUAUUUUUGUGGGUAAAGAUCUUCAUUUAAAAAAUAUCAUGUUACAUUGAAACAAUGAUGAUGCAUGAAAGUGAUAGGAGCACCAUGCUCUACUAUUUAGAUUAAUUUAACAUUAGGGUAAAUAUUUAUCAAUAUGUUAAACAAAUACUUUUCAGAGCAUGAUUUUCAAACACAUUGCAAAAGUAAAAAGCACAUAGCAAGUGCUAAAGUUGCAGCAGAGAAAGAGGCUUCAAGUCGUUCAGUUUAUGUUCGUGGUUUUCAGAAGUGCCCAGGUACUGAUUUUAAACCCAAAGAGCGUAAUAAAUUUAAUUUUAAUCUAUAAAAGAAUUAAAAUUCAUUUAUUGUAUGAAAAAUUACCUAUGUUAUUUGUUUAAAAAUAAAACAAAAGAAAUUUUGAUUGACAUCAUUGGUAUAAAAUAAAGCUAAGUUUUCUAAUGCAAUUUUUUUUAAAAGAAACUAUAUUGUGCAGAAGAUGUAUUUUUGAAAUCAGUAUAUGUUUUUGAUAUUCUUAAGCUUAGAGGUUUGUCACUUACUUUCAACAGUUAAUAAAUGCCAGAAAUUACUGGAAUCCUACUUUUCUCGGUUUGGUAAAGUGAAGAAGGCUAAACUUCGAGGAAAAACUGUAAGUAAUAGCUUUGUGUGCUUUCUUUAUUAUAUUAACCAUAUUACAGUAUAUUCUUUGAGAAUUUCUCUCUAGCUGCAAUAUUUGGGAUGUCAAGCUGAUCUAUGCCUUUGUGGGAUUGUUUUACAAAAAAAUGAUUGAAAUCAGGUAACAUGCCUCUCUUCAUUUGAGUGGACUGUCCAGAUGUAUGGUUACAUCCAGAAUGAAUAAAGUUAAUUAUGACUUAAUCAUUGAGGACUGCCUAAAUUAUUUAUCUUUCCCUCUUGACAAAAUAUUCAUGUAUAUUGCUCUGCUUCAGAAGUUCUCCUUAUUCAAGUGUUUCACCUUUUUAUUGUUUUGUAUGGCCAUGUCAAAGAAGCUGCUGUUGUGUCUAUGCCACAGUUCAUAGAUACACAGGCUAUUUUGUUUAUUCUUACAGUAAUAUGUUUUGUGUGAUUUAAAGACAUACUACUUGACAUUUAAAAAUAUGAUUUCAAAAUUGUCGUUAAAUAUGUUCAUUAUGUGAAAAAGCUAGGGUUUUUUUUAAAAAUGUGUUGCAAUACAAGCUUGGAAGAACUCGGUAGGAUGUUAGAUGCUGACAGAAGUGAGAUGAGUACAUCUUGAUUUUGAUUGUACAAUGUUUUUAUAUCACGGUCUCUCCUGUUUAUAAAACAAAAUUAUAUACAAAAAUUCUAUGAAAUAGCCAAGCUUUUGUUGAGUAACCUUUUAUCCUACUCUUAAUUAAAUUUGUACACAUUUUCUUGUAACUUUCAAUUGUAUUAUGUUUUGCCUUGGGAUGACAUCUAUAAAUUAAAAUACAUAAUUUUUUUCAAAGGGCAGCCAAUUUGCAAUAGUUGAGUUUGAGGAAUUUUCAUCUGUUGCAAAAUGUCUGAAUGUGAGGCAGCACAGGUCUGACUCAACAACUUUGGCAGUCAGGCAAUCUGUCUACCAUCCACCCAGAUCCGAACAAAUGCGCUUGAUCCAUCAGCAAAAUGAGCAGGAGGAAAAGGAGAAAAAAGAUGAGACAUUUCGUUUCAUAAUGUCUUUGAUAAUCUCUUCUGACAACGUAGGUUGUGCUGUGUACUGAUGAAGUCUUGUAUUUAUAGCUCAAAUUUGUUUAGAUUUUCUCACAGCUGGUAAACUUGAUCUCAGUCUUUGGAAAAUAAAUAUAAAGAUUAUUGAACACAAGUAAAGGCUAAUCAUACCCAGAAGAGGCUCACAAUAUUCUAACAAUUAAAGUUAUUUGCGUUAUGUUUUUGAGUAUUAUUUGUGUUACAUACCACACUUCCCCAAAAGAGCCUUUCAUAUUUAUUGCCAGUGUGUCUCUGGUGCUACUAAUAGAAUCCAUAUAAAGUUGACACACUGGUGCUACAAAUAGAAUCCAUAUAAAGUUGACACACUGGGGCUACAAAUAGAAUCCAUAUAAAGUUGACACACUGGUGCUACACAUAGAAUCCAUAAAGUUGACACAUUAAUGUUACACAUCAGGUUAUCCAAAAGAUAGUGGAUCUCUGGUUUUAGACAUCAGAUUAUCCAAAAGAUAGUGGAUCUCUGGUUUUAGACAUCACAUCAUCCAAAUCAAAGAGUACCACUGGUGUUGCACAUCAAAUUAUCACCCAAAAAAAUAUGACCACCGGUUUUGCUAUCACAUUGUCUAUAGUUAAUAAUGAGCACAUAACAUCUACAAAAAAUGCACUUAGAUGCCUGAUUGACAAUUAAACAAAUGAAAGAAAGAAAAUCAUUAGAAAUCGCUUUAUUUUUUUACAGCUACUUGACCAGAUGAUUAAGCUGUCAGAGAGUCUCAAACUGCCUCCAGGAGAUCUGUUAUCCCGUGCUCAAAUUUGUACAGACCUUAGCAAACUGUUUGCUCCUUAUUUUGAAAGUUUGUAUAAUGUUAUUGUUUCCAAAAUAAUUUUUUGUUCAAAUGCUUGUACUGUAACAAAAUGAUAUCCCUUUACUUAUGUUGUAAAAUAAUCCAGGGUUUCCCAGGCCUUCAGGAACAAAAACAAUCUUAUUUCUUGUGGCUUGAAAUCAAAUAAAACUAUUUCUCUUAACAGUUUUAUCUGUCUUAUUUAAAAUGUACACCAUUUCAAUUUCUGUCCCAGCUGUGAUAUUUCUCUAUUUUCUAUCAUCAUGUGAUAUUUUGUCUAUUUUCCAUCAUCAUGUGCUUUUUCUCUAUUUUCUAUCAAUGAUUAACAGAUUGCAGUGUUCAUCAGUUCGGAUCAUCUAUCAACAGUUUUGGGACAGCAGGUUGUGACCUUGAUCUAUAUUUAAAUAUCCACAACCAGGCAAUAACUUCACACUCAAAUAUCAAAAAGGUAUGUUCUACAACCAGACACUACAUUCACACUCAAAUAUCAAAAAUGUAUGUUCUACAACCAGACACUACAUUCACACUCAAAUAUCAAAAAUGUAUGUUCUACAACCAGACACUACCUUCACACUCAAAUAUCAAAAAUGUAUGUUCUACAACCAGACACUACCUUCACACUCAAAGUAUCCAGUAGGAAUGUUUUUACUCUCCCUGUUGACAUGAAGUUUGAAAACGUUGACUUAAAAUGUGUUUAUUGCUGAAAGGAUGCUGUUAAUGAACAAAGUAUUGCAUGUAUGUACAAGCAGCAUUGAUUUUCUAAUGUAAAAUAUAAACUGCAUGACUGCACCCACCCCCCACCAACAUCUUACCUCUAAACCAACAAACAGUUAUGAUUCCACAAAGAAUGAUACAAAUUUAUGUUUUUCAAGUGAGUGCAAACUGAAUAUUAAUGAUUGCACUGAAUAUAAUGCAUAUUUAUUAUUGCCAAGUGUAGGGGCCCAUUCAUUUCUUCACAAAAUACAAUGUGCAAUUAUUAAUUCUCAAGUAACCAUACACACUUGAGAAGUGAUCGAAAUUUUAGCAUAAUCAGGCUGGUGUAAAAUAGGAGAGGAAAUAUUCAACAGUGUCAAAUAAAAAAAUUCACAGUUUUAGAAAAUUGAAUUCCAAAUAUUUUUUUAUUGUGAAACCUAAUGAUUGAUAUGGAAGAUAUGCUAUAAUGUAAAUGGCUUGUGCAGAUGGAAGAUGGUAUUUAAGUCCCUGGCAGUGUAAACAAACUUUGGUGAAAGAUUUAUGCCAUGUUCUUUUUUUUAAUGGCAAAAUAAAUGUAAAAGGACAGAGCUUUAAAAACUUUUUUAAAAUAUCAAAUGUGCUCCUUUUGGUCAGCGAAAAACUUAAGAUUUUAUUAUUAUUAAGAUUGAAUUAAUGUUUAGAUUUUAUUAUUAUUGAGGUUUAACUAGAUGCAUGAAAAUUUAAAAGAAUUCUUGAUAAAUUUGACACAGAUACAAAAUUUUAGAAAACUUAGCAAAAUUGUUGACAAGUUUAUAUGAAUUUAUGUUGGGCCAACUAAAGUGUUGGUGUUUGGUUACUGUUAAUAUUGUUGGUCACACACAGACUCAUUGAUACAUUUUCUAUAUUGUACUUACACUGCUCAAGUUGCCACUGCCUUUCCAUGAAGACCACAAGGCGAUAAAGGUUGGCUCUCCACCACUCACCCAGGAUCAGCAGAGAGACAUUGCUAUAGAUGACCUGGUGAGAAUUUCUUUCCACUUUAUACCAAUAUCCUGUCCUACUUAAGUGAAUCUUCUUAGUCAGAGAAUGAAACAUACAAUAACCUGUUCACAAUUAAAUCAAGUUUUUAUAAAUUAACUGUCAGUAUUAUAAAUUUUAAUGGCAACUAAUUUAGUUUGCAAAUGUUAAGGCCGUAGUAAAAAUAUUGAUUUAUGUCGGCAUACAUUUUUUGAAAGGUAAAUUUUUGUGACUUUUCACUACACUGAAGAAAAAAUAAAGAGAAAAAUUGGGCACGCCCUAAUAAUUACAUAGUAAAUUAAUUAACUAUAUUUAUCAGAAGACACUUAAGGCUAAUGAUCUCCUAUCCUGUUAGAUAAAGCAGGUUAUGAAGAUUCUAAACAGCAGGAGCCACAUCUAUGGUGAGACUCUCAUCAUUCCCAGUCACAGAUGUCCCAUUGUCAAGUUUCUGCACAGACCAACAGGAAUCAAAUGUGAUCUAUCCUUGAAUAACAGGUCAGACAGAUCAAAUUUAUAAGGUGAAAUCUAUGACAGGAUUUGAUAUGGGUAGCCAGUUAAAGAUAUGUACCUUAAGUUUUUGACAUAGGGAUUUCAUGGAAUUCCUCUAGCUCACAGUCACAGUUUCCUUUAAAUCGUUUAUUUAUCCUUAGGUAGCGGUUAUUCAGUUCACUGAGAUAAGUACUGUGUUGCAAGUACCAUACAUAAUUAAUGUCAGUGGAUCCAUCAAAUCACAGGUCAUGCAAUGAGAGUUUAAAAUUCUUAAGUGCCAUUACCAAAAACUCUAAUAUUAUAGCAAAUGAAAGGAUACAUACAAGGAUGCCACUUUUCUGGAUUCGUUAGGCUGAAUAUUUUUCAGCUGCUGAAUCGCGAGUUUUUAUUUCUCUUGCUCCAGAUUCGCUAGUUCAGUUUAUUCAAAUACGAAUUCUGGGUUUUUAAAAAAAAACAAUGAGUAAGAACGUGCGAAAGCCUAUUCAGUGAGAAGCUGAUUCGCUAUAAAUAGAUCAGGUACUGCAACCUCUUGCUUUUGUGUGGAUAAAUAUGUGUAUAUAUAAUAUAAUCAUUGUACAAGAAAUUAUUUCUACAAUGUAUGAAUUUUAUGAGUUUCGUCAAGUUUAAUGGUUUGAAAAAUUAUUGAAGUUAUUGAAGUUUCAGGUUUCAAGAAAUUUUUAGGUAGGGAUUUCACAGCUUUCAGUGAGUGGCACCCAUGGAUACAUAAUGAAAAUUCGUACAUUUUCCCCAUUAAAAAAUAGUUAUUAUUUUGAUUAUGGCAAUAAAAUGUAGAGUACCAGUCAACUGAAGGUCUCAUGCACUUAAAUGUAUGUUCUACAAAGAAAUCAUGAUAGGUGAAAUGUUGUUCUUUAAAUGGAUUUAUUUUCUCGCCAGGAAAGCUUUAUAUAACAGUCUACUUCUGCGACUGUAUGGUUCAGAACCUCGUGUCCAUACUUUGGUCAGUACAGUGCGACUAUGGGCCAAGUUCCAUGAGUUGGCAGGAGAAGUUGGUAAGGGUCAUAUACUGACCAGUUAUGCCUUGACACUGCUAGUGCUCUUCUAUGUGAUGACAAGACAGCCACAAAUUGUACCAAAAGUUUGCGAUGUUGAGAAGUCUGUCUCAGGUAAGUUUUACGUAGAAAUAUUUACUUGAUAAUGCUUCUAUUUGUUACUUCACCUCUAUUGAAAUGCACUUAAAACUAUUUUAUUUUCUACGUAGUGCAAUAUAUUUUUUAUCCUUUUUACCCAGGCCUUUUGUGGAAGAAAAAGAUGUCAUUUGAAAAUUUAUGCUAAACAGAACUGAGUGCAGAGGCAAAUAAAUGUUCCAGAUUACAAAUUUACAUCGUAUCUGGAUUUCAAUUAUCAUAUUUUUUUAAAGUAUUAUUUAGUUUACCUUUUACCCAAUGCUCUUUUGAUCAGGUGCUUACAAGGAGCUUGUGGAUGAAUGGGAAUGUAUAUCCCUUCCCCUCAAUGCUGUCUUACCACAAUCAGACAACACAGAAAAUGUAGGUGAGUUUACAGAGCCUGGACUGGAAGGCAUUUAGCUACUUAUAUUUUAUUUAACACUUCUAUCUAUCUGGAAGAUCCAGGAAACCAUUUUCAUUAUUUUAACAAUCCGAUUUCUAUGAAGUUUCUGAUUUGGUCUUUAUCCCUCUUGGGAUGGCUCGGCUGAACUAUCAACCCAGGGUCAAAUGGUGACAAAGACGAAAAGCCUGAUCCACCAGCCCAAUAAUUCAAGCAAGGACAUUGGCUUGCUAGUCUUUGUACCAGCUAAUCAGAUUGCUUCUUGCAUUUUUAGCUCAUCUCGCCAUUUUAAUGGUGGCUUCCAUUGAUAUUUUACGAUGUUCUAACCUAAUGACCUCUACAAAUGCUUUAAAAUAUGUUAGCUUGAAACAUGCCAAAAGGUGUAAGUGUCCCCAGGGGAUUAUUUUAUGUAGUUUUUCACACUGCAUCUCAUUCAAAUAAGAGUUAUGACUUAUUUAGGCUUCAAGAAUUAUAAAGUUUAACAAUAUUCUUCAAAUAAGACAUGUUUAUUAUAAGUGUACCUCAUUUGCAUAAGUGUUGAGAUUUCAACUAGAUUCAUAAAGAUUGUAUUAGUUCAUUCAAUUCCCUACAAGAAUAUAAAUACUUUUAUAUUAGAUAAGUAAUUAGGUUUUAUAUUAAAAUUUAUUUUGCAAUAUGAGUGCAGACCUUGCACAGACACUCCAAAAAAGCUCUGUCUCAAAAGGGUUAAAACAAACUAAUGGUCUAUUCCUUGAUAUGUAUUCUUUUCAGUGGAUCUCCUGAAAGGUUUCUUCAACUUUUAUGCCAAUAAAGUAAACUGGGACUCAGAUGCCUUGAUAAUGUGGGACAACACAGUGUCAACAAGAGCGUCCAUCUCACUGGAUCCAUUUUAUACCAGUUGUCGGGUAAUAAGUUGACUAUUUCAUUAUAUUUCUUAAUAUUGAGCAGCUUUUGGGCAUAGAAUUUUGCCUUCUGUUUAUGCAUCUGUGCCUGUAGUUGAUAUAUCAUAAAUGACAAUCACUGACAAUGGUUUAGAAAGCCUUAUUUGUCAGUAUAAGUAUAACUCAUUGGAAUCAUAACUAAUUUGGAAAAGGCCUAGUGCUGUUAUGUUGUGUUUUUCUUAAUUUAGUUUUUGUAAUAAUUUGAAUCCCACCAACAAUGCAUAUAUUGACAUGUCUGUUUGAUCUUAUUUUAUCAUAUUUUUAACUGAUGACAAGAAGUAUGCACAAAACUACACAUGUAUUUAACCCACAAACUGUGGCAUGCAUCAUUCUGUGGUGUGGAGUUUUUCACAACAUUUUGAGUGCCAUUUGAAAUUGCAUUAAAUGACAUAGAAAUAUUGAUACAAGACCCCAAUAAGUACAUAUUUUUAGAAAGGUAAAUGGAUGGGGAUAAAGUUGGCCAUAUUGCCCACCCCGUAAAAAAAAUUUUGCUCAGUGUCCUUGACCUUGGAGUUCUCAAGGAAAAAAUAUCGACAAAAUGUCUUGCUUUCAAGUGCUAAUAACAUCAUUAAUUUUUAUAGAUACACUUAAAACACAUAUCUAAAUGUUGUCGCCAAGUCAUUUAUCUAUCAGAAAAUGUAUAGCUUGCUAAGGAGGUUUUGAUUACAAUUAAACCUCUGAAAGCAAUUUUAGUAAUUUUAGGUCAUUUAUAUAAGAAACUGGGACCACUACUAAAACCAAGUAUAAAAUACAAAAUCUCAGGCAAAAUAGUUAUUAUUGACUAGUAAACAUUUAAAAAAGGAACUGUGGAACUGAUAUGGGUUGUUUAACUAUUAUAAAUUUAUUAGUUCUGAACUAUAAUCUUAGCUUCUGUGACUAAAAUUCAGUUAGUCCUUGCCCAACCUCCGGGCCUGGCUCGCAGUCUAACAGUAGCCAUUUAUUUUUAUUUUACUUAGUUUACAUGUUUUUAAUAAUUGUAAAGCGCUUAGAGCUUUAAGGUAAGCACUAUAUAAAAAUGCCUAUUUAAAUAAAUAAAUAGCCUCAGUAGGCCUACUUCAGUAACACUAAGACUAGUAUAAAAUUCAAGAGAAAAAUAAUCUCCAACUUAUUUCGUCAUGGGGAAUGUUAAAAUCAUCAUCAGUAUCACUUAAAACCUCUCCUAAAAAGCUUUCAAACCUAUCUCUAUUAGUUCUUGCACUGAAUGACCCCAGCCAUGGCUUCAACCAUUUUAGCUUUUAAAAAAACAGCGAUAUAAAACUCCGAUUAAAAAGUAUUUAUUUUCAAGUUAUCAGGAAACAGCUUGAACCGGAAGAUGAUUUAAUUAUUAAUAAAAGGAAGUGGCUAUAAUUCCAGUUAAAUAUUGAAUUGGAAGUUGCUAUCGAACCGUGUUUUUUAUCGGCCGCCACAGUACAGAACGAGAAUGUCGGCCGAUUUUUUUAAAGAAAAAAAAAAAAAAAAGGGUGUCAAAAUAUAACCUUAUGGGUUACUCUCCAUUCCUCCCCCCUCCCAGACUUGCAGGCAUCCUCAGGNAGUGAUAGUGCGAUGCGCUGCGGUACCAAGACUUCAAAAAUAAAUUUCAAUCAGUCACGGGUUCGAAUCCUGGUGCUGGCACCCCUACGGCUAGGAGAAGGAAACUCCGACUUCAAAAAUCCUCCGCUGCCUUGCGGCUAUACCCUUCGGGAAAGGCUAAGGGAGUAAACCCCGACAGAAAAUCAGGAAAUGGAGCACCUACAGGCGGUCUAUACAUAAAACCCUUAUGUACAUACCGGCAGCUCCUGCGACGCCAACGGCAGCCAAGCCGCAUCGACGCAAGUCGUUCCCUUGGUUGAGGGUGGAUAUGCUGUAUGGGCAGCAGCUAAUUCUCCAUAAUACCCGCCCAGAGGUGUCAAAAUAUAACCUUAUGGGUUACUCCAGCGUCGCCGCAAGGUGUCGACAAAACACGGGAAGCAGCAGUUAUCGGUUAUAAGCCAAAAGCUCAAUUGACGUAGAGCUAGGCGCCAGGGGCUGCUUCCGACAGUGGGAGAGACUACCAAUGUCUCACCAGACAGCUACCGCCCGCCAGUCAAAUAGGUGCUAUCCCAUCAUGGCCUGCCUUCUCCACUGGGUGCGUGGAGAGUACCACUCACUAAGCCCUGCACCAAGAAACACAAAAAAGAAAAAGAAGACCCCAGCUCUUCGAAUCGCUAGCUGGAACGUGAGGACUAUGUGUCCCGGCAUCACUGAUGACCCGCAGUCAAUAAACGACACACGGAAGACAGGAAUAAUCGAUAGAGAACUUAAAAGGCUAAAGAUUGACAUCGCUUGCCUUCAGGAGACCAGGCUCCCAGACAACGGUACACUCAAAGAAGCAAAUUACACUUUCUUCUGGCAAGGCAGACCAACACACGAACCUAGACAGCAUGGUGUAGGUUUCGCUGUUAAGAACACUCUUACACCAUUCAUUGAUCCCCCGUCAUCAGGCACGGAGAGGAUCGCCACUCUAAGACUCAGAACAGCUGCGGGCCCAGCAAACAUUCUUAGUGUAUAUGCCCCAACUCUCUGUUCAACUCCAGAAGAGAAGGACCAGUUCUAUGGAGCUUUAGACCAUGCAAUAGCCAGCAUCCACAAAGACGAGGCAAUCUACCUCCUGGGAGAUUUCAAUGCUAGAGUGGGGAGUGACCACGAAGCCUGGCCCACAUGCCUUGGACUCUUUGGAAGAGGAAAGAUUAAUGAAAAUGGACAGAGGCUUCUGGAAUUGUGCUGCUCACGAGGCUUGUGUGUGACCAACACUUACUUCAAGUGCAAGGAUAUACAUCAAGUAUCUUGGAGACACCCUCGAUCCCGCCAAUGGCACCAGCUGGACCUCAUCAUCACCAGGCGUGCACAACUAGCUAGCAUCCUACUCACUCGCAGCUAUCACAGUGCCGACUGUGACACGGAUCACUCCCUUGUCGCCAGCAAGGUACGAAUAAUGAGGAAAAACUCGUACCACUCCAAGAAAAAGGGAUGCCCACGUAUCAAUACCUUCUGCAUGAAAGACCCUGCGCUAACGCAGCUGUUCACAGACAAGGUGAAUGAAGGUAUCUCAAGGAUGUCCCCAUGCGUCACCAUUGACUCGAAAUGGACGCAUCUCAGAGACACAAUCUAUACAUCCGCAAUACAGGCCUUUGGCAAAAAAUCUCACAAAAACACGGACUGGUUUGAUGAACAUUGGGACGAGAUGAAACCUGUCACUGAAGCCAAAAGGAAAGCUCUUACGGCUUACAAGGAAAAGCCUACACCCGACAGGUUGCAUGUUUAUCCAAGACCGGGCAGCACAGCUAAAACGGUGGGUUGAGCAUUAUCUGGAAUUGUAUUCAACAGUUACCACAGUCUCCAGCACCGCUCUAGAUGACAUACCAGAUAUGCCACUCAUGGAAGAACUUGAUGUCGUGCCCUCACAGGAAGAGCUGAGCAAAGCUAUUGAUAGUCUAGCUUGUGGAAAAGCGCCUGGGGAUGAUGGAAUACCACCAGAGGCUCUAAAGAGUGGUAAGAUAGCUUUACUCCAACCAUUGCACGAGAUUCUGUCCUUCUGCUGGGAACAGGGCUACAUCCCCCAAGACCUAAAGGAUGCAAAUAUAGUGACACUAUAUAAAAACAAAGGUGAUAGGACUGCUCGCAAUAUUCUUCUCUGUACUACUUCGAUACACAUUCAAGGAUAUAAGUGAGGGAAUCUGGUUACACACCAGAGCUGAUGGAGGACUUUUCAACACUGCCCGCCUCCGAGCAAAGACCAAAACGACAGAUGUCUUAAUUUGCGAGCUACUAUUUGCGGAUGAUGCGGCACUAACAGCACACACAGAAAUUGGGUUGCAACAACUCGUGUCAAGCUUCUCCAAUGCCUGCAAAGAAUUUGGUCUGCAAAUCAGCUUGAAAAAGACAAACAUCAUGGCCCAAGACACUCGACCUCCACCUAACAUAAAAAUCGAAAAUGAAAACUUGGAGGUUGUGGACAGCUUCACCUACUUGGGGUCCAAGGUCUCCAAUACACUGUCCAUUGAAGAAGAAAUUAACAGCAGAAUCGGCAAGGCAGCUGCCACAAUGGCUAAACUAAAUUAACGGGUCUGGCAAAACACCAAGCUAACGGAGAAAACCAAACUGUGCGUCUAUCGAGCUUGUGUCAUCAGUACACUACUAUACGGGAGCGAGACAUGGACCACCUAUACAUCCCAAGAGCGCAAGCUUAAUAGCUUCCAUAUGAGAUGCCUGCGUCGCAUCCUUGGUAUUAAAUUCCUAAUGCGUGCGAAUACCCAAAGCAUGUUCACAAUCCUUAGUGAAAGACGCCUGAGAUGGCUAGGUCAUGUUAAAAGAAUGAGUCCCGGCCGCAUUCCGAAAGACCUCCUAUAUGGUGAACUUGCUGCUGGAAAGAGGAAAACAGGUCGACCACGUCUGCGAUUUAAAGAUGUCUGUCAAAGGGACAUGAAAGCAGCCAAAAUACAUACAAGUGACUGGGAGUGUAAGGCAAAAGACCGAUCUACGUGGCGCACAGUUGUCAAAGAGGGCGUCAUGGUAGCCGAGGAGUGAAGAAUGGAAGAGGCUGCAGACAGAAGAGCUAGGAGAAAGGCCAAAACAUUGGGAAGCACAGAACUCGUGUGUAAAAACUGUGGUAAAGACUGUCACUCAAAGAUAGGACUGCACAGCCACUCGAGAAAAUGCAACCCAACCCAACGGUGAUGCACCAUCGUCUCACGAGACAGAAGGAUGCCGAUAGUAAUAACAAAAAUCUAGCUUGCGGCUGUCUGCGAGACCCCGACCCCCACCCCCGUCCGCAUUUCAAAAACCUACCCUGUCUCUGUCGAUAUUCUUUAUGGACAUUGUUAUGGUGGACUAGCGGACUGGCCGGUACCGAUAGCCAGCCAAGGAAACAGCGCGCAUGCGCAGAGAGACUGGACACAGAGACUGUGUGUUUAUGAACCGUGUUCCGGACGCAAGCAGAAAGUCAACACCUGAUUGAGAACUUGUAUCUAUGUAUAUAUAUGUUUAUGUUACUUGUUUAAAAUAAAAACAAUGAAAACAUAACAGACAUCCUUUAGGCUUUUUAAAUUCCCCUUUUGUUUUUGACACAACUCAUAGAGUUGACUUUGCUGUACAUUUUGUUAAGUACAUAGAAUGCCAAGCAGAUUUGUAUACUGACAAAGCAUGUCAGUCCUUGCAAUGCUGGUUGAAACUAGGGUUUUAUUUGACCAACUAAUUCCUUAUUCCUCCUGAAUCAGACUGAAUCCAGGUUUUAUUUGACCAACUAAUUCCUUAUUCCUCCUGAAUCAGACUGGCUGUAUGACUCUCUUGGAUCCCUUUGUUCUAACACACAAUGUGCUGGGCAACAUCAACGAGAAAGUCAAAGCCAUCUUUAUAAAAGAAGUCAAGAGGGCAGCAGAGCUGAUCAGCCAGUGGUCUGAUUGUGCCACCAUUCCUAAGGAGGAGCCUUGGGGUGUUGCAGGUUCAUUUUUUGUAUCAUUUAAUUUACUGUAGAGGGAUGGGACAGGGUGAUAUAAAUACUGUACCUUGUGUAGAGGGCUGGGGAGAUGGGACAGGGGACAGGAUGAUAUAAAUAAUGUACCUUGUGUAGAGGGCUGAGGAGAUGGGACAGGAUGAUAUAAAUAAUGUACCUUGUGUUGAGGGUUGGGGAGAUGUGACAGGAUGAUAUAAAUACUGUACCUUGUGUAGAUGGCUGGUGAGAUGGGUCAGGAUGACAUAAAUAUAAUUACAGUAGAACAUUAUUUUUUUCACAGAAUUGUUUCUUCCAAGCCCAGAUCCUAAGGAAAAGAUGAAAAGUCCGGCAGACACCGGUGCCAAAGGUCGGCCAGCAGCCAAGCAGAGAGAACAUGUGACAAAAGUUGAUGGGGAACAAGCCAAUGGAGAUUUCAUCAUAACUCUCCAGCCUCCCAGAACCUUGGGCAGUCCAAUGUUGCUGGAAGAGUCAGAAUUUCACAGUGAGGAUUCUUCAAAGAGAUGGUGGCACUUGGCUCAUGCGAUGGUAAUCGAUGUCUUAAAGAAGGUCUUUAUGACGGAUGUAGUUGCUCUGGCAGCUGUUUAUCAAAACCCAGCCGCUGUUACACCAGAAUGCAGUGGUAUUCAGUCGUUCGCUAACUCAAACAUGAAGGUCGAUGCACAGGAAGGUAUAAUGGAAGCUUGCGGUGCCAAGCAAUCAAGUGAUGUCCGUCUUCUUGAUGAAGAUGAUGAACAGGAAGAAUUGAUGGAAGUUUCUGGAGGCAAAAGAACAAGUGACGAUGCACUUCUGGAUAGAGACGAUGAUGAGGUCCUUUCACCUGUGAGUGAUUAUAACGAAGUGACAGAAAAUCUCCAUAAAAGGUCUAGUGACAGAAAGUGUUCUUUGGCAACAAAUAAGUCUGAAAGAAAAGUGAAUGAGAAUCCAGAGAAAAGAUUUUGUGAUGGACUUUCAUCUCUAGAGAAAAAACUUGACCAUGGUUCAUCUUCACUCCCUUACAAGGAUGAUGUGACUCAUGGGACCGUGGCUUGCAGUGAACACAACGAAUCCCUAGAUACAGUGUUGAGAGGUCAAUCCCCUCAAGUAUUUUCUUAUACUUGCAAGUGUAAACAUUCCUUGUGGAUGGGCAGGAGUAAGAUAAGAAAAUCAGUGGGUAGCUCUACCAAACUGAGUGGCCUUGAUCUAGAGGUGGAGAUCAGCAACCGUCUACUGAAGGAGAAUGAGAAAGAGAAGCUCACGAUGAAAGCAAGGCAGGCUAAACAAGAAUGCAGUGCGGAGCGGCAGUCUUCUGUAGAUGUCCCUGCACCGGGAAACGGCAGUAAGCCUCCUGAACUUUCAGUGGAGUACCAGUGUGAUAUUUAUUGCAUGAGCACAGAAACAUUGCAGCCUUACAUCCUCAUUAAGUUGAGACCUGUUCCAGACUGUGCUAAUCGGUUCAAAAAUUUCUACUGUCCAUUCCGUGCCAUGAUCUCUAGGCUGGAUGUUUCAAAUCUUUUGGACAGUUAACUGCAGAAGGACUUUUUGUUUCAAACUAGAACAUUGACCGAUUGCAUGCGUGUUUGAAGUGGAUGAUGGUUGUUUUAGAGAAUGUACCGACAGUAUUCGACAUGAUGAUUGGUUUUGUUUGAUCCCAUCCUAAGUGAUGGUAUAAUGACAGUUAACAUGACAGGGCAGACAAUGUAGAAUGCUAUAUCUUUGGUGGACUCAUCAUGUGAAGAAUGAAUGGAAUGUUUGAAACUAUUAUGCAUUUAAUCAAUGCAUGCUUGUAUUUCCCGGUGCAGCUGUUAUUAAAUGGUUGACAUAUUGGGUCAUCCAUAUAGAACAUAUACCAAGAACGUCUAUUUUCAUUUUCCCUGUUGCAUAUGUUCAUUUCUGGACAGCUUCUACCUCUACAUUUCUGGACGGCUGCUACCUGUAAAUUUUGGGACAGCUUCCAUCUGUACAUUUCUGGACAGUUUUCCAUCUGUACAUAUUUGGACACUUUCCAUCUGUACAUAUUUGGACAGCUUCCAUCUGUGCAUUUCUGGACAGUUUUCCAUCUGUACAUAUUUGGACAGCUUUUCAUCUGUACAAUUUUCGACAGCUUUCCAUCUGUACAUUUUUGGACAGCUUUCCAUCUGUACAUAUUUGGACAGCUUUUCAAUGAGCUAACCCACACCCUUCAUGUUUUGUUUUUUUUAAAUUAAAUAUUUAAAAUGUUUACAGCUCUGAAAAUGUUUUAAAAUAUAUUUUUUUAAAUAUCUGACGUGAAUGCCAGUAAUACUUUCUUGCCACAUUUGUUUCCCUUAAUGCAAGUCUUUAAAAAUGGCAUGCAACCUAAAAUCAGAGAUUUUGCCUAUGCUUAACUUAUACUGAACAAUGCCAUAUCAGCUGAAGUACGUUUUGAUUUACCUUCUUGUAUUUGUAUAACCAAGUGACCAUAGUAAAAUUUCCAUGACAUGAAAAUUAAACAUCUAUGAAAUAACAAACUCUCUAAAAAUAUAUAAAAAGCCAAUAUCAAAAUAAAAGUAAUUAUCAUUUUGGGGCUCACCUGAAAUAAAAAUUAUGCCAGCCAUUGUACAAAUAGAAUGUACUUUUAAAGAAGACAACACUGUGUUUUGUGAUCUCUCAAUGUUUCAGCUAUGAUAUUUUAUUAAACUACUUCAAAUAUCAUAUUACAUCGGGUCCUUUUAUCUUACUUGGACCAGCUCCACCUCUCCUCCGUGUGCACCUAAUGUAUGGAUGACCUCUAUGUAUGGAUGACCCCUCAUCCUUGAUUUACAUUACAAUUAAGGAGCUAGUGUCAUCAAUAUUUUGAAUGUUUUGUAUCUCCCUUACUUAUAAUUGAUUUUAACGCUUCUAUUUUUAGAAUUUGAACAUUUUUAAAAUGAUUUUAAUUCCCAUGAUUUAUGAUGAACACGUAUAUUUAUGCAUACAUGAUAUGUUGAAUUUUGG